AUGGGUUUUCUAAAUAAGAUCAGUGAAAUCAUUCCCUGGGGAAAGGGGGAAUUAGAGAUUAUACUUUGUCAAAAUGUUAGAAAUCUAAACAUAUCUGCUGAAAUCGGUCAAGUCUUGGAGAGAAUCGCAGCAAUUCAAAAACGAGACGUCAGUGGAGAAUAUUACGACUGCGCUGCUGAUGUUAAACUCGGCGAUCCGGGACAAUUCAACUGGAUUCUACUUCUUUCUGUCCAGGGCUCAGGAAACACUUGGACCAGACAACUACUGCAGUCGAUGACGGGCUACUAUGCGGGAGGAGUUUAUCGCGAGAUCGACGAAGAGUUUGAUACAGAUGAGCUAUUUGAAAAAUCUCCUUUUCCUGGCGAACAUUUCGCACCAGAAUCCGGAAGAGUUCUUGGCGUGAAAUCUCAUGCUCGCGGUCACAUCCGAAAAGGAUCGGCGAUAGUUCUCAUCAUGAGGAAUCCUUAUGAUACUCUAAAGGCGAAUUUUAAUCGGAUAGUUUCCGAGAAAGAGUCAGGUGAUGGUCAUGGUGCUCACACGGGCACAAUAUCUGCGGAACUUUUCCUCUCUUCUUCGUGGCGAAAUUACAUCAAGAAUCAUGGACAAGUUUGGAGCGAAUACUAUCAAGAAGCUGUUCGACUUUCGGAGAAAAACGGAGAAAACUUUCACUUUUUAUGGUACGACCUGCUCAAGACCGACAAGAUUGGCCAGAUGCGGAAGCUGUAUUCGUUCUUGCAAGAAGAAGCCAGUGACAAUUUUGAAGUCGAAAACUUCGAAGAGCGGCUGGAAUGCAUCGAGAAUCAAAAUUUAGACCGAUAUAAGCGAAAAAAGCAAGAAAUCGACUUUGAUCUAUUUUUACCAGACGAGAUUAUGAUGAUAAACAAAUUCAUCGAAGAGUACAAAGAAUUUUUCAAGAAGAAUAACAUUGAUUUCCCCGAAGAAACAAUUGACUCUUGCUCGACAACUAUACAGACAGUAACGGCCAAGACAUGCGACCCGUUCGUGCUCAUGUGCUCAACUCGGCACAUUUCCGUCAAUUUUGAUCAAAACUGCUGGACACAUAUCCCGAUAGACACACUGUACCUCACAUGGCAAAAAUCGGCUAAUCUUAGCUCUUCAUGUCAGUUCACUGACAGUGGACAAGCCGCCGGUGCCUGCGGAAAGCCAGAAUUGACAACUGGAAGCAAAGACGACUCGGAUGUCAUAAAAGAUUAUAACAUCGAGCUGGUCACAAGAACCGAUUCAACUCCUGUUUUCACUGGCGAUAUGAUCACUGUUGAUAUGAAAUACACGGCGAUAUCAAGCUCUACUGGCUUUCGGUUUUCUUCGUGCGAAGCUUCAAUUGGGCCCGUUACAAUUCCUCUUCUUGAGAAUGGAUGUCCGAAUGCUUGGAGUAUCAAAAAUAUUGGACUUGUUCAGUAUAAAAAGCUUCACGAAAUAUCCUUCAUCGCGUUUUUCUUAGAAGGAUAUUCUAACCUUUCGGUAACAUGUUCUGUGAUCAUGGUGGAUGCCACCGACGCAAAUGUCCUCUCAUACCUGGAUACAUGUACGAAUAACACUCGUAGCGUGGAAACCGUGAGUGAUGUUUACCAGCGAAAAUUUACGAUUCAAUCCAACCUGGAGCUUGAGAAUUCGAUGAACUCGUCUAGACAAAGUCUAAUCUUUGCUGUUUUCCCUGCAAUCAUUUUUAUCAAUUUUCUUUGA